AUGAACAAAUAUUGUAAAAUCGGUGGCAUCAGCAGCUCCCAAUAUAUGACCAAAGUCACGGAACUCGAAGAUAUUGUUAGAAAAUCAAUUACAGUAGUCGCUAUUUUAAAACAAGCUCCGCCGGAAGUAAUAAAUACCAAUGAGAAAAUAACGGAGGUACUAGAAGACUUGAUCGAACAAUUAUGCAGUAAAAUAAAGGAACUCGAAAUUUUCGAUGACCGCGCGAAUUUACGUGACAGAAUCGAACAGCUUGAAGCUAUGCUCAUGUAUUUAAAAUCGGAAUUAUUGGAAAAGAACGAACGUAUAAAUGCACUGAAUGACGAGCAUGCAAGCAUCGGAUUAACGUCAGAGAGAGAUCGUGAGAGGUACGAGAAGAUUAUCGCUGACAUACGCGAGGUGAACGAGACUCUCCGAGGAGAUGUAGAAAGGGGGAAACAAGAAAUAUUGGAGCUGUCGCUUAAACACGAUCAGCGACGUGUCGGGGAAAUGCAACUGAUGAAGGUUGAAAUUGAUGCAGCGAGGAAAGAAUUGCAGAACCUUCAUGAUGAUAAAGAGAUGUCAUUAAGGGAAACGGAAAGGAUGCGUAACGUUCUCAAGGAGAAAGACGAGGAAAUUGAGAAUAUUAUUACCCAGAAGGACGUGCUGAAAGCAGUCCUUAGGGCGGAGACAGAGGACCUGAAGACGAAACUUGGGAUCGCUUCCGAUGAAAAUGUAAAACUGAGAAGUAUAAUUGAGGGACUUGGGAAACAGGAGGAACGCGAGCGACUGGGCAAAUUGAAAAGUUCGGAGAUGGAAAGUGGCGGGGAGGAACGAGACAAUGGCGAAGACCGUGCACAAAACCUCAGGGAUGAAUUGAAGUACUUGAAAGCUGAGUCAAAUGAGCCUAAAAUAAGUCUGGACAAGACGGACAAGCGAAACGAUUAUUUGAAGUGCGUGCCGGAUGAAGAUAUCGACGACAAGGUCGGGCCGAAGGAUAAAAUUUCUUAUUUGGAACCUAACAAGCAGUCGUUGACGUAUCGAUUGAACGUCCCGAUAAAUGGCGAGGAAACAUUGGGAGAAUUCGACGGAGUGAUAGCGGAGUACAAAGCGUCGAAGAAUAAAGUCAAACAGCUUCAGAACGAGAAAGAACAACUCGAAGAGGAGUUGUCGAAGUUGAGGUCUGAGAAAGAAUUGCUGGAUAGGUCGAUGUCCGAUGCCAAUAACAAGUGCGCUGUGCUGCAGGAUCAAGUUAACAAAUUUAAGUCCGAUCGUAACGGCCUUCGGGAGAAGAUAAGCGAGCACGAAGCUACUGCGGAGAAUUUAAAGUUUGAACUGGAGAGAGCGCGGGCGGAACUCGAAGAUGCGGUUGUUAAUACGGCGCGCUUGCAAUCGGAUAACUCGAAGGCCAUCGGCGAUUUGGAUACGCUGUCUCUACGGAAUACCGAGACCGAAGAUCGUGUACGGGUGUUGUUGACAGAAAAAAACGAGUUCGCGACGCGUAUUAACGAGCUCAAUGAUGAGAACGUCGCUCUGCGAGAGCAGUUGAAUAAGGCGAGUGAGAAGAAUGAAUAUUUUUCCAUGGAAUUGAAUAAAUCAAGGGUCGAAAAUGACAAAGCGAAAGCGGAAAAUGCCCUUCUGCAGGUUACCUACGACGCGAGAGAAAAGGACAAUGUCGAGCUAAGGAAGGAGAGAGACGACGCGAAAGGAAGAAUAAAUGAAAUCACUAACGAGUGCAGAGCACUCGGUAAUCAACUGAAGAUCCAGCGAAUGAAGUAUGAGGCGUUGCGACUUACUGCGGCUACUUUGCACGACGAAAAUAACGAUCGUAAAAAUUAUUUAAAGAAGAUCGAUAUGCAGCAUCCAUUUGUGAUGGAUUGCGAGCGGGAAUUCGCUGAUACUUAUAACGAGAUUAAACAGAAGCAAAAUUGCUCGGAUACCGCGCGUACGAGUAUAAAGGUCGAAAUUGGCGAACGGAGGGACGGUGGAACAGAAGUCAAAGUAGAAUCUGAUACACGCGUUGGUCACGAUAACAAAGCGGUGAUCAAAGACGAGCCAAAGAGUGAGUUAGAGAGAUCGAAAAGCGAAAAUAAUUCUUUGAAAUUAGAGCAGACGAAUUUGAAGUCUAAAAAUUCCGAAGUUCCGUUGAAACUUGCGGAAGGUAAAUCCGAAAAUGUAGUGCCAUGGAUAAAAGUUUCAGACGAUGAAAUUGGUGGUUCCAUCGUGAAGAAAUUUAAGCUCGCGAGUAUCUGGCACGAGAAAGAAAUAAGCAAUUAUUCUAAUUAUUCCAAUGAUCCGGAUAUGUACAAAGAUUGCGAAAGAACCGUGAUGUUCGAUAUCAAUCAGUUCGAAAUCGAGAAUAGAGCGCUGAAGAUGAAAGCAGGUAUUUCGUGUAGUAGUCGCAACUCCUGCUUGAUGGACGACGGCAAGUUCGCUAGAGCGACGGACGAGAUUCAGGCUUUGAAACUCGAACUGAUGUAUCUACGGGACGAGAAAGCGACGUUGAAGUCGCAGUUCGAGAUAUUUAAGGAGGAAUUAAACGCAUUGAAAUCAGAGAGAGUGGCUUUAAAGGAUGAACUCGCCGCUUCGAGGAAGUCGAAUUUCGAUCUUAGGCUUAAAGUGAACGACCUGCGAGGCGUUAAUGAAAAAUUGGAGGAGAUAAAUUCAGAAUUAGAGAAUUGUUCGCAGGAUGCGUCGAAAGGAAUGAAUAAGUGCAUCACACAAAUAUCGGAAGUGUCGGAUAAAAAAUUAAAAAAUAAUUUUGAGAAUGAAUUAAGUGAUUACUUAAAGAAAUAUAUUUUCACGGAAAAAAAUCUGCGGAUAACUAAUAGGCGGAAUCGAUUCGAUCGCAUCUCUCCCAAGAAUCCUGGAUUACAAUCCGUCGAAGAGAAUUUACAACAUAUAGAGGGACAAAAAUACUGA